AUGGUCCUGGUGCUUUUAAGACGUAGAAAUCGAUUGGUGAUGGUCCCAGGGUCUCUGGAGGUCGAAAAUAUUGAGUUUGGUCACAGAGAGCUGAUAAAAAUUCCAAAGUCUGAUAGCGUCAAUGAUACUGUCAAAUUCUACCUAUCUUUGGUUUCGUAUUUCAAAGAUGUAAUCUUAGCCUUCCAUCAGGAGGCGAAGGACGAUGCGUCGAGCUCAACUUCGAAGUGGCGAUCAGCAUAUCUCGACUAUCACAUUGCACUGGCAUUACAUAACAGCGCGUUCACAGAAGCAAUGCAAGCAACAGCGCUGGGAGAGAUGAAGCGGACUUGGGCUCAAUUCUUGGAGAAGAAGGCAUUGAAAGAGGUUCAGCAACUAACGGCUAAACGAAUGCACGAUGUGUUUUGUUCUGCUGGUAACAACAUGUGCGGGGGGUCGUUCAAACACACCAUGUCGGAUGAUGAGACAGUAUCUGCUCUACUGAAGAGUGUCACCGGGGAUGAAUCUGCAAAACCGAUGAAUAAUGCAGAUGAAGACAUCAAUAAUUCUAUGGACUCACACAAUACUCCAAUCAGUAUGAAGGGAAAUUCCACAAUGUCACGAAAAUUAUCUGAGAUCGUGCACGACGAUGCAGAAGCCAGUCGCAGCGCCUCAUCAAGAACGACAAGGUCGAUGUCGAAAUCUAGCAAGCCGAUAUCCUCUGAAAUUGAUGUGGAAGACGGUGACAGUGCUGUGUCACGCAAUACAAGGUCUAUAUCGAUCCUGAGCAAGCAGGAAUCAUUGCAGAUUGAGGAAGAAGCUGGCGAAAGUCCUUCAUCCCAAAAGAUUAGGUCUAAGCCGGUGUUGAACAACCCGAAAAUCCACGGACGUCAGAAGAAUUCGAUCAUCGUCAAUGGAGGCAGCAAAUUGAAGAAGCAGGUCGUUGAUACGGACCAUGAGAGUCCUACCGAUGAAAUUGCAUCUCAGUUCGAACAUAAUACGAAUUCAAAGAAGAACUCUAAGGAACGAAGGCAAAAGCGGAAGACUAGGUCAAGUAAGGCCUUAGGGAAGCAGAAAGCUGCUGCAUCGCCUGUGGUCGAGUCUGAGGAAGAUGAGGAGGAUGCAACAGCGGUGUAUCCGUCCGUUCAACCGGCUGUGGAGGAGGAAGAUGAAAUGGAUGGAAAGGAAUCUGUCGAGGAAAAAUAUGAUAACGUCAUACUUCCGAGCGUUCAAGAUGGUUGGAAAGAUUGGACGAAGGUGGUAUUCGAAGACGGAAACUCUAAAAUAUUCUUGACACUCGCUACAUGGAUGCUCAUUCGUUUUCGUCAACUAACGAAUAUAGACAUGGAGACUCCGUUAGGUGGCCUUGUCAUUCCGGAAAAUCCAAGGUUGUUGGAUGAUAUCCAGGAUGAUCAUUUCUUCGAGGCCCUAGGGAUGGAGCGAUUAUAUUCGGCAUUAGUGCACCUGGAAACAAGUCCUCGCUACAUGACUCAUAUUUUUCAUGCAUUGGGAAAGGUUAUUGCGAACUCUGAUGUCAGCGAGGGCAACCCGCGCAUGAUGCCAUGCAACUCCCCACCUUCAGUCGAAGCACAGAUGAUGUCAGACUUGGAUAUUCCAUGGCUGACGUUGAAUAAUAAUCUUGAAGAAGGACCCUUGCCAGCAUUUAAUAACAUCACAGAUGACGAUGCGGAUGGAUCGAUUGACGGCGAUGAGGUUGAAGUCAGGCAGGCAUUAGAUUCAAUGAUGAUUGAUGAGGGAUCCACAUCCGUCAAACCAGGAACUACAAGUAGUGACACGAUAUUCGUAAAGCGAAAGAGAACGCUAUCUCAGGCGUCGCCGCCAAAGAAGGAAGGUGGCAGAGGUCCUGCAAAGCGUCGCAAGGACAGUUCAAGAAGAAUUGUCCGAUCUCCAUCUCCAAUCCCGUCUGCUACAGACAUAGAAGAUUCCGGAUUGAUCUCGUCUCCUGUGGUACCUCAAGUUUCUUCGAAUUCAAACACUAGUAGUCCGCAGGGUGAUGCAUCCGUGCUUCUACAGCCAUGGGACGAAGAAAUGACUGACAAUGAUAUCGAUGCGAAUGGACCACGACCGGACUCAUUCUUGUCAAAUGAACCACACAAGAAUGCAAAUUUACAUGACGCCGCUGCACGGGAUGAUGAUGAAGAAGAAAUAAAAGACCCUACUUCACCACAGGCACCCAGCGUCAGUGUACUGCCUCCUAGCCCAGUUAUCCUCGUACCCGACACCCAACCAUCUCAACCUCAGCGUUCAAGGGAUACGACACCCCUCCUCCCACCAAUUGCAUGUAUUGUCACGACUGAGGACAAUAUGAUAGAUGAAAGCGCCACACCUGAAGCAUCUUUGGCUGGUGGACCAACUCCAGGCCCAGAGGAAGACGUUGCAAUGUCUGAUACUACUCCCGAAGACAAAUGUGAAAUAGAAGUGGUUCCACAUGAUGACUCCAGCGUUGCUAUGAUGUGA